AUUAUUCACUGAUCCGUUGUCAGCCUAUGCUGUCACGGAGAAAGAAUGAAAAAAGAUAUGGGUCUUCCUUAACGACCGUCAGAUCUAUAUAUCGUUUAAGCAUGCUUAUGUUCGUUUCAGGUUCAUCUGUAUUCCUAGAAUAUGGCUUUCAUGUGGGCUGGGUGUCGCCUAUGAAGAAGGUAUUACAGUCAGACGCAUCUCCCGUUGGCGUUCCUUUGACAGAUGUUGAAAUAUCAUUUGUAGCUUGCACGUUGACAUUAGCGGGUGUCGUCGGGGUGCCGAUAUGUACGUACAUUGCUGAAGUCUACGGUAGAAAAGUUGCGGUUGUAACUAUAAUGUUAUUGUACGCGGUGUCCUGGAAUUUGAAAUUGUUAGCAACGCACAAUGCAGUCCUCAUGGGAGCGAGAAUAAUCGGAGGUGUGUCUCUAGGAGGGAGUUUCAUUGUGGUUCCGAUGUAUAUCAGAGAAAUAAGCCAAGAUAGUUUAAGGGGCACGCUGGUGUCACUUGCCUUGUCGUCUCAGCAUGUCGGCGUACUGGCCAUGUAUGCCAUGGGAAGCUAUCUGAGUUAUAACUGUACCCUGUGGAUUGCUCUUUGCAUCUCCAUCGUUGCAAUAAGUUGUAUGCCUAUUGCACCAGAAUCUCCAGCGUUCCUUGUAAAAAUUGAAAAGUUUGAAGAAGCGAAACAAGUGCUAGCAAAUCUGAGAGGAUUGCAAAUUGAUGACGUUAUUAUACAAAACGAAAUAAACUAUCUUGAAAACGUAGAUUCAAAUCAUAAAACAGAUCACAAAAUGACCUUAGCUACGAUAUUCAGGAACAAAUCAUGGCGCCGUGGGUAUUUUCUAUGUCAGAUCUUAUUUUGUUGCAUACCAUUUCACGGUGCAUUUGCAAUAAUGACGUAUGCGACGAGUAUCAUGACGCAAGUUGGUGUCUCCGUCAAUCCAGAACUGCAAAGUCUUUUAGUGCCGCUUUGUCUGUUAUGUGGUUCAGUUGCACCGAUACUUUUUGUGGACAGGACAGGAAGAAAGCCGCUGCUUAUAGGGGCAUUUUCAGUGAGCGCGGUGUCACUUAGCUGCCUGGCGUCGGCGCUGCUGGUGCAGCGGAGCGGUGUAGUGGUGCCGAGCUGGGUGCCCGUGGUGACGAUCGCGGCUGCGGUCUUCAGCUACUCAGCGGGAGUGGUGCCGAUACCCAAUAUCAUUAUUAACGACAUGUUCCAAUUUCAAGUGCGUGGAAAGAUAAUUGGCCUCAUCCUCAUGGUGUACUGGGGCUGCACAUCCCUGCAAGUAGUCUUCUUUGAGCUGAUAUCCAGCGCGCUAGGGCUCGACUCUGUGUUCUUCAUGUCAGCUGCGAUCAACAUUUUCGGCGCGCUGCUUGUACUAAUAUUCAUUCCAGAGACCAAAGGCAAGACUACAGAACAGAUAGAAGACAUUCUGGCUGGCAAAAGAAGUGGCAAUACCCUUGAAACUACCAGCUCAUGAAAUAAGUGAUCGUUCCCCUGAAAAAUUGCAGUCAUGAAACUCAUCAACAACAUCAUCAAGCUCUUACAGUACUUCAAAAAGUGAUAUUGAAAAUGAGAGUUUUUCUCUCACAUACUAACACCCUGACGAAUAAAAAUUAUAAUUAAAUACUCGUUGAACAGUGUUUCAAAAUGACGUUUAGUAUAAAAUAUAAAUUAUUUUUAAAACUUUGUAACUUUUUGUUAGUAAGGGGGUGUGUGCAAACAUCACAAAUUAGUGUGAAUAAAUUAAUGA